AUGAAACUCCGCGUACUCUCUAUGGUUUUCGACAUUAACGCGUCGUGUGAGACCAUACGACGCAUGACUGUCGAAAACAGUUCCGAGUAUAUCCGUGAAUUUUCCAGCUACACAAAGUCUGAAAGGAUGAUAUUUGCAACCGAAAACAGUUCCGAGUAUAUCCGUGAAUUUUCCAGCUAA